AUGGCGCUAGACUAUCAGUCUAUCUCAGGAGAUAGCAGCGAAGAAGACUUUGAGUGGGAGGAGGUCGAUGUUCCUCAGCAAAUUCAUGAAACCUACCCAGAGUUGGAACUCCAGUUAGAAGGACCGGCACCACGCGCAAACAUUGAAAUCACCUUACACUCUGGGACGAAGAAGGAUGAUUCCAAGUUACUUCGAACCCACAAGGUUCACACUGUCUGCCUCCUUGCAAAUGCUAGAGUGCGGAAUAAGUGGCUGAACGAUGAGCUUCUUCACGCUCGACUCCUCUCCUUAACACCACUUCAUCUUCAGAAUGGUUUUGCUCUAAUACACAAGUCUCGUGUACCUGACCAGAAUAAGCGAGGUCGGUUAUUUGAAGCCGCAGUUACUCGCUUGGUAGAAUGGUGGACGAGCACAUUUUUCAGCGUUCUUCCUACAGGACACAUCAAAAACAGGACUUUCGACCAGAACAAGCGUGACCUUGCCCUGCGUGGGAAUGCAAUCUUCGACGACAAGGAAAGCGACGACGUGGAGCGUAUUCGGAGUCCAAAUAGUCUUAUGAAACACGCCUUGAUGCAAAGUGGUUCUCGCGAUACAAGCGCACAAUUAUUCACGGCGUUGUGUCGAGCACUGGAAAUCCCUGCUCGAUUGGUUGUCAGUCUUCAGAGCAUUCCAUGGCAGUCUGGUGUCGGAAAAUCCAGAUUCAAAACCUCGGUCAAAGAUCGCCCCCCACCUGGACAGAAGGGGAAGCAGAGAGCCAGAGACUCUGAUGUUUUAUCUCAGGACAGCGAUUUUGAAGGCGCGAAAACAACUGACCCCCAGCCGCAAGCGGAAAUGGAAGCCAAUCUAGGCGACCCAUCCUCCGGGGGGACUCCGGCUCGAAGUCAAAUGAAAGGAAAAGGGAAGGCGCGGCCGGUCAUCAGGCUCAGGAAGACCAGGAACUUUUCUGAAAGUCGGGGAAGCACACACCUUGGACCCAAAGCUGCCCCCGACCCUACAACCACGCCUCCUGUGUUCUGGACAGAAGUCUUUUCACGUGCAGACGGCCGGUGGCUACCUAUCGAUCCCAUUCGUGGCUUCGUCAACAAGCGUCAGGUAUUUGACCCUUCCGCUGAGAACGCAUUCAGGAAUGUGGUACCGCAAGAAAAUCGCAUGAUUUACGUAGUGGCCCUAGAAGAGGAUGGUUUCGGCCGGGACGUGACAGCACGGUAUGCCAAAGACUACACUGCUAAAGUGGCGAAGGUGCAAGGAGUUGGGAUAGGCAGGCGGAAAGAGUGGUGGGAUGGUAUCGUGCGGCUAGUCACUAGACCCUAUCGAUUGCAACGUGAUGACACCGAGGACACAGAACUGUAUAACCAUCAACUUACCGAGGGCAUGCCCACCACUCUUGCCGGAUUUAAGGGCCAUCCUUUAUAUGUACUCUCACGGCAUCUGAAACGCGAAGAGGUUAUUGAUCCUCCUGUCGAAUUGGGGAAGUUCCGGGGCGAACCUGUGUAUCCACGAUCGUCGGUAAUAUCUCUGAAGACCGCGGAAAAUUGGAUGCGCCAAGGGCGCGUGGUUCGGGAAGGCAACCAGCCCAUGAAGAUGGUCAAGCAACGUGCUGUCACUAUUGGUCGCAAGCGGGAAAUGGAAGUUGCACUUGAGAAAGCAAGAACAGAUGCCCACGGUGGAGAUGGCCAGGAGGACAUGCAAGGCCUAUACGCAAGGUCUCAGACGGAGCUCUACCAGCCCAAGCCAGUCGUUGACGGAAAAGUCCCUAAGAACGAUUUUGGGAACAUUGAUCUGUAUGUUCCGUCAAUGCUCCCUGAGGGCAGCGUUCAUAUUCCGUUUAAAGGCGUUGCCAAAGUGGCCAAGCGCCUUGGCUUUGACUAUGCAGAAGCAGUGACUGGUUUUGAAUUCAGGAAGCGGAGAGCUAUCCCAAUAAUUGAGGGAAUUGUUGUGGCCGAGGAGAACGAAACUAUCAUAGUGGAGGCUUAUCUGGAAGCUGAAAAUGAUGCAGAGGAGAAAGCUCGUGUCAAACGUUUGGAUCAAGUUCACAAGCGCUGGAUACGUCUCGUGCAAGGGCUUCGGAUACGAGAUCGCCUUCGCAAGCAAUACGCAUCCGAUCAGGGUGACGCAACGGCGCAGCAUUGGUUGGAUACACAGAAUGCUGAGGCACAUGAAGGCGAGGAACAACCAGGAGGGUACCUCACUACCGCGGACGAUGUUGUAAGGCCAUUUCAUCUCCCAAAAAAUCAGCACGCCGUUUUGCCUUCGUCCUUACUCUCUUCGACCACCGGUGGCGAUUGCGCCGAAAUCGAUGAGGCUGUACCCGAGCAUAGUGGUGCUGCCGUGUCUUAUACACAUCCCCGCGAUUCGCCGCUUCAUUUCGCGGAAGAUGUGGAGAUGGGAGAGGCAUCUACUGAAGUGCCUUCUCGGCGGAGUAACGCAGUGCCAAAAUCCAUGCGCGAGCUGGCUGAAGACGACCUGAGGAGACAGGCCUCGGAGAUCGUCGCUCCUGAUGAGCCUGAACGUCGGUCGAGUACUACUCCCGCUGAGAGGACAGUGAGAGGCGGGCGAACGAAGGCACUAAUGAAGAGCGGUACUAAUACCCCUUCUACUCGCAACUCGUCUGUAAAGCGGAAAAAUGGAAAGAAGCGGAUCAGAGAAGACACCGACAGCGCAUCAGAGGACGAUCAUAGAUUCGACAGUGUAGCUUCUACACGUGACGGGAAUUCUAGCAAGGGAACCCCAAAUCUGACACCCGGCAGAGUCCUGCGGCCUCGCCCGCAGAAGAACGCUGCUAAAUUGCGUGAGGAAGCCGAGUUGGAGCGAGCGUUUAGAAGAGCGAUAGCAGAGUAGAUCUAUUAGAGGGGCUUCUCUGUACUUUAUAGCUUUAUGAUUUAU